AUGCUGGAGAAAAUGUUUCUAGUCAUCAUAGAAUGUGUCCUGGGGAGAAUCCUGUUGGAAGUGCUGGAAAGGAAUCAUCCGAGUUGUCCUCCGGAGCGUUCUAGAGAGAAUCCUGAGAAAAUCAGUCCAGUCAUCCUUCGGAGGGUCCUGAGGAGAAUUUUGUUGGUCGGUGCUGAAAAAAAUAAUUAUAGUCGUCCUCUGGACUGUCCUAGAGAAAAUCCUGAUGAGAUUGCUGGAGAAAAUCCUUCUAGUCGUCCUUCGGAGUAUCCUGAGGAGAAUCCUGGUGGAAGUGCUGGAGAAAAUCAUUCUGGUUGUCCUUCGGAGGGUCCUAGUGAAAAUCCUGAUGAGAUUGCUGGAGAAAAUCCUUCUAGUCGUCCUUCGGAGUAUCCUGAGGAGAAUAGUGUUGGAAGUGCUGGAGAAAAUCAUUCUGGUUGUCCUUCGGAGUGUCCUAGAGAAAAUCCUGAUGAGAUUGCUGGAAAAAAUCCUUCUCGAUGUCCUCUGAAGUGUCCUAGAGAAAAUCCUGAUGGGAUUGCUGGAAAAAAUCCUUCUAGUCGUCCUUCGGAGUAUCCUGAGGAGAGUCCUGUUGGAAGUGCUGGAAAAAAUCGUUCUGGUUGUUCUUCGGGGGGUCCUAAAGAAAAUCCUGAUGAGAUUGCUGGAAAAAAUCCUUCUCGAUGUCCUCUGAAGUGUCCUAGAGAAAAUCCUGAUGAGAUUGCUGGAAAAAAUCCUUCUCGAUGUCCUCUGAAGUGUCCUAGAGAAAAUCCUGAUGGGAUUGCUGGAAAAAAUCCUUCUAGUCGUCCUUCGGAGUAUCCUGAGGAGAGUCCUGUUGGAAGUGCUGGAAAAAAUCGUUCUGGUUGUUCUUCGGGGGGUCCUAAAGAAAAUCCUGAUGAGAUUGCUGGAGAAAAUCCUUCUAGUCGUCCUCCGGAGAAUCCUAAGAAGAAUCGUGUUGGAAGUGCUGGAGAAAAUCAUUCUGGUUGUCCUUCGGAGUGUUCUAGAGAAAAUCCUGAUGAGAUUGCUGGAAAAAAUCCUUCUCGUUGUCCUCUGGAGUGUCCUAGAGAAAAUCCUGAUGGGAUUGCUGGAGAAAAUCCUUCUAGUCGUCCUUUGGAGUAUCCUGAGGAGAGACCUGUUGGAAGUGCUGGAAAAAAUCGUUCUAGUGAUCCUUCGGAGUGUCCUAAAAAAAAUCCUGAUGAGGCAACAAGUGUAGCCACAAGUGCCACAGUAAUUAUCGCGAUGGCAGCCGCCUCAAUCGUUGCAAUGGCUAUAGCUGAAAAAGCCGUAGUAACUGUCGAAGUAGUUGCUGCUCCAACUGUCACAGCGGCGCUUACCGCGCGUGCCGCGUGCAAUAUCCUUGAUCAUCGCGGUGGCUGUCACUACGCGUCCAGCGUGCGAGAUUGCCGUAAAAAUCAAUUUCUUCGGGAGUCAUCCCAAUAUGAGACUCGAGACGCCACUCGUUUCGCUCAAGACUGCUUUGAAAUGGAGAAAACUGUGGAUCGUGAUUUUCCAACAUUCCCGAGCAUUUAG